AUUUUAAAAAUUAUACUUUUAUUUUUUUCCAUAGGUGCCUUAGCUGGACCAAUUAUUGUGGAGCCACAUGUCACAGCAGUAUGGGGAAAGAAUGUUUCAUUGAAGUGUUUAAUUGAAGUAAAUGAAACUAUAACCCAAAUUUCAUGGGAAAAAGUACAUGGCAAAAGUUCACAGACUGUUGCAGUUCAUCAUCCUCAAUAUGGAUUCUCUGUUCAAGGAGAAUAUCAGGGAAGAGUCUUGUUUAAAAACUAUUCACUUAAUGAUGCAACAAUUACUCUACAUAACAUAGGAUUUUCUGAUUCUGGAAAAUACAUAUGCAAAGCUGUUACAUUCCCACUUGGAAAUGCUCAGUCCUCUACAACUGUAACUGUAUUAGUUGAACCCACUGUGAGCCUGAUAAAAGGGCCAGAUUCUUUAAUUGAUGGAGGAAAUGAAACAGUAGCAGCCAUUUGUAUUGCAGCCACUGGGAAACCAGUUGCACAUAUUAACUGGGAAGGUGAUCUCGGUGAAAUGGAAUCCACCACAACUUCCUUUCCAAAUGAAACGGCCACAAUUGUCAGCCAAUACAAGCUGUUUCCAACCAGAUUUGCUAGAGGAAGGCGAAUUACUUGUGUUGUAAAACAUCCAGCCUUGGAAAAGGACAUCCGAUAUUCUUUCGUAUUAGAUAUACAAUAUGCUCCUGAGGUUUCAGUAACAGGCUAUGAUGGAAAUUGGUUUGUAGGAAGAAAAGGUGUUAAUCUCAAGUGUAAUGCUGAUGCAAAUCCACCACCCUUCAAAUCUGUGUGGAGCAGGUUGGAUGGACAGUGGCCUGAUGGCUUAUUGGCUUCAGACAAUACUCUUCAUUUUGUCCAUCCACUGAGUUUCAAUUAUUCUGGUGUUUAUGUCUGUAAAGUGACCAAUUCCCUUGGUCAGAGAAGUGAUCAGAAGGUCAUCUACAUUUCAGAUGUCCCGGUUAAGCAGACCUCUUCCAUAGCCGUCGCUGGAGCUAUAAUUGGAGCUGUCCUUGCCCUUCUCAUCAUUGCUGUCUUUGUGACUGUACUGCUGACUCCUCGAAAAAAGAGACCAUCCUAUCUUGACAAAGUGAUUGACCUUCCACCCACACAUAAACCACCUCCUGCGUAUGAAGAACGAUCCCCACCUUUGCCUCAAAAAGACCUUCUGUAUCAGACUGAACUCUUGCCUUUGCAGACUCACUUCAAAGGAAGAGAGGCUGGCGGUCUCCAGCAUCCUAAUGGACUAAAUAGCAGGAGAUUUGACUAUGAAGACGAGAAUCCAGUGGGGGAAGAUGAAAUUCAGCAGAUGCACCCUCUUUACAACCAGAUGUGCUGCCAAGAUCGGAGCCCCGGCAAACAUCAUCAGAGCAGCGAUCCCAGGAGAGCCUGCAUCCACCCGCGAGAGCAUUACGUGUGAUGACCCUGCUUCCAGUGCGUGUUCUACCAAAUGCUAUUCCCAGAUUGGGGAGAGAAACCAAGGUCAAUAGUUAUUAUUUUGCUCUCUCAUAUAAAACAGUACCCCUCUAAGUACCAGGAGUCGUGAUGAACGACUUGGAGCCAGUGGUGAAUUUCUUUCCUCCAGAAAGUUUCUUCACCACCAGCUGUGUCUGUGAACUUGACUCUAGCUUUGUGUGUGUCUGUGACGAUGGUGUUUAACUACUAACAUCUGGCCUACAAUGGCAUGUUCAUUUAACAGUAGAGCAUGUGCCCGGGAUGCCAGCAGUGAGUCUCCAGAAAGAAAGGCCCCAGCUGGGAAUGUUAACCUCGCUGGGUCUCAGGCAGGCCAGCCUGUUCCUCUGUCACUCAGACAGGCAGAAAAAGGAAUUCAAAAUUCAUUUCAUGAAUUACUUAGUUGGGAUUUGGCUUUCCCUGACAUGCUUGAUACAAUCACAAUACCUAUGUACAAAUGAGAGGUCUGAGGAAAGAGGCAAAAUUUGUUCUUUUUCCAAAAAAUACAACAAAAGGCAGUUUAAACCUUCAAGCCUGUUGAUAUUGUAAUAUAUGUUUCUUCUUAAUCACUAAGGUCCUGAGGGAUGCAUAGUUCUCGCCUGGUCCACAUAUCUGCCUAGUUUGGAUCAGCGGAGUGCUAACCAACGUCCUUCUCUUGCUCUGUCACUGUUCCCACAGUUCUGUCCUUUAUUAGCCAGAUUAGCCUAUUUCUCACCUAUUAAAUUCUAAAGACCUUCUCUAAACGGUGGGCAGCCGUGGCGAGCCUUUUCCCUCAUCUGUGGCAUUGUGUGUGACAGUCUCGGCUUUCACUCCUGAAAUUUCUUUCAAGCUAAUCCUGCCCACAUAGGCCUUAGCCACCCUCUGCAUUCUUCAGACUACUUACAGUCGGUUUUAUCUACCUCAGAAAAGCCUGCUGGAAAAGCACCGUGAAAUUGCUCCUGUUCUUAAAAGGCAGGUGGGAAAUUUGAAAACUUAAACAGAAAAGCCACUUCACUGUGGCGUCUGUGCUAAACCCGCAUGUUGUCCUUAAUCCCCCACCCCUGCUUUACCUGGUCAACAACAAAAAUAAAGAAAUGCUUAAAAAAAAAAAGCCAAUAAUGUAGCGGCUGUCGUAGCAGCUUAUCCUGCACCACUCUGGUGCCUGCCAGUGUCGGCCUGGAGUUUUCUCACUUUGCCAACAUUUCCUCGCUGAGAUUCAAGGUAGUAAUUGGAGUGGGGUGAGCAGAGGAGGGACACAGGUACCGGUGUCGGUCACCCUCCCUCACAUCCUAAGGAAAGCCGUGUUUUACCGCAAGUUCUGCAAGAGUAGAGGUAUGCCACAGAUACAUAAAAAAAACAAACUACGGACUUGUCAUCUAUUAGGAAAGAGCGACAUAGCACUAUGAAAUGUUAUACAUUUCCAACCUGAGCUUCAAGGGGCGGGAGAAUAUGAACACGGAUUUCUAAUGCAACACCAAAGACACCUGGUGAUUCGUGUUGUGCUGGCUCUAGUUGUUGCUCGUGUGUUUUCCUUUUCUUAGGUGCCGUGCUUUGUGAGAGAAAUCAUCCAGUUGUUCUGCAGUAGUAAUCCACUCCCCCCAGGGCCCGGGUGACCAGUGAUUCUGGGAGAAAAGAUGUCUAAAUUCUAACUCAGUGCUUCAGCUAGGUAAUUGGCAGUAAAAGGUAUAUGGGAUCAAAGGGUAAAUCCCAAGGACCCUCCCUGCUGUAUCACAGCUACCUCAGAGCUAGAACUCACUGCCCUUUGUAGCAAGCUGACACAGAAAGAAAAUAUUUGCCUUUUUAUGUGGCAUCUCAUCAGUGAGUUGGUGUAACUGAAGGGGCAGGAAUCCUUGCAAUUGCUUUCCAGUAGAAACAUGACCCUGGUCAGAGCUCUUCCUCCCAGGAAGAGUUUAUAAAAUGUUGGGUGUUACAGAGGAGGAGAUACUGUGGAGCAUCACCUCCUUCAGAAAGCUUUAAAAAUGUAUCACACAUAGGAGGUGGUUUCCAGGGCCCUGCGGGGAAGCAGGUUGUUGGUUAGUGUCCUCAGAGCGCACCUGGGACCUAGUGGGGAGUUGAGGUGACUUCAUUUGCACCAGGGAAGGAGAUUUGGAAGCACUGGGUUUCAGGAGCCCUCUGACUUGUCUACAGCACCUUCCCUACCAAGAAGAACCCAUCCUUGCAUUUUAAGAUUCUCAGUGUAGUUAUGGAAAAGAAGUUUCAGAAUGUAGGUACCUCCCUCACAGCCAGGUAGUUCAAUAUCCUUUUUGCCUCUCUGUCAUGUGUGGUAUUUCUUUAACAAACUGGUAGAUUUUAUGGCUGUUGGCCCCUGACGUGGGUCACGUAAGCUAUAUAAUUGCAUCCCAUCUGUUCUCUCCAAAUACUGAGUGGAACAGAAAGGAGCUUUAAAGGGGUUUGAUCAACCAGCUCCCUUAACCAAAAUAUACCCUCCAAAAUUAGCCUGUCAGUCUCUAAAUUUGGAGCCUAGACUGCUUGACGAUGGCUAUUUAAAUUUGGAAGUUAGACUCUUAAAGGUCAGUGAGGCUUAGGGAGGAGGCACUGGAGACUCUCCCGGUUUUACUAAAACACUGAGGCAGAGAUGAAGCCCAGAGCACUUACCCACGCGCGGCUGCGGCUCUGCGUGCCAGGGGCGUGUGCGUGCUCCGCCCCAAGCCCGCAGCCCCUGCUGCCUGUUUCGGAGAGCGCCCAGGCUCCGGGGCCUGCACUGUCGGUGCCAUAGCAGGUAACCAGCUCUGUGCAAGUCACGCUGAAACGGAGCAGCUGCACCACUCAGGAUUGGUCUGACAUAAUGGGAUAAGAAUUUAGAUUAAUUAUUUAACGGUGAUUUGUUCUCUCUUCGGUGAGGGUUCCCCUAUCCCUGACCUUCUUACGUGUUUUAAAUUUGAAGCAGUCCGUGCUCUUUGGGGCAUGAAAUAUAAAAGUCUUACCUGUGCUGGGCUUCCCUAUAACAUGCCCAUCGUAGAUACUAAAAAAUUGUGCUGUAAACUAAAUUAUCUCGUCUCAUUAAUUGUUUAUGGCCUUGUUUACUGAUAGGGGUGGUGCAGUUUCCUUGUUCAUCUUCGAGAAUGAUUUCCUAAGUCUUCCUCCACAGUGGUCUAAAAUUUACUGUUUGUGUUCUGUUGUACGGUCUUUCCCUGCACUGGGCUGGUCUCCGAGCGCACUUCUUUAUACACAAUAAAGCCUUCCUUCAAACCUGGGAGCAUAGAGGAUAGACCAUUAUACCAGUAAUCAAAGAAGAGGGUCCACUGCAAGCUUCACCCCUUCCAGCCAUGGAAACUUAGACGAGCCACUUAACCUGCCUGGGGCAUCAGUUGCCCUUGUCCAUAAGGCAGAGACUGUAAGACCUUCCCUGUCAGCAGUGUGGUGAGACUUAAACAAGAUAAUAACGGAUGGAAUAUUAUAAGUUUCUUCAAAUGAGAUGCCUGUGACUCUGUUGUUGCUGCAUGAUGAACCUAAGCUCCCAGCACCCCUUCCAGCAUUUCAAAUACCAUAGUGUCCUCAGGAGAACCAAGUGGCAAAAGAAAGCUUCAGUUAGACCUGAUUUGAGUUUAGCCACGUGCAAGUGGAAAACAUUUUUUUUACUGUAAUAAACAUUUGUCAGAUGGAAAACGAUACCUGGAUUUUUAGCCUCUCAAGCUUUGGCUAGAGUUGAAAAUACAUGUUGCCAUGACCAGUAGUUGCUUGGUUUACAAAUUACUACUAAUAGCAGCUACUAUUAUUAUGUGCAGAAUACAGACUGGAUUCUAAGGUGAGCACCUUCCAUGAGUCAUCUCACAGACUGGAACUGAGCUCCUGUUUUGUUCCCUCUCCAGCAGCCCCUGUGGGGACAGAAAGGCUCACAUCCCAUGCUGCAAACCCACACAUCAUCCUUAUCAUUGGUCGUCUUUCAGAUCUGUUUUUGGGAAUGGUGGUAGGGAAGGAGUUUUCUUGAUUUUGUUAAAGCAGAGUUAUAAAAGAGAACAUGGGCAAAACCAUUAGAAAUGUUUAUUAAGAUGAAAGCAAGAGUAUAUACCCAUUUUUAGUUUUUCUGACUUCUCAACAUGCUCACUAAGAGUCCCAUUAGGUUAACCAUAGCUGCAAAAAUAACCUGCCAAAUAAUUAAAACCACUCCAUUUCAAUUGGUUCCGUUUUAGUGGCACAAACUUCUAACACCUCUUGCUCAGCUUAGUUCAUUGCUCUGCUUAGUUUCACCUUGCUUGCACUCCCAGGAGUGGUGGUACUCUUAUAGUGGACAGGUAGAAAGAAAGCUGGCUUUGGUGGAAAGCCAGAAUAGGAAAGGUGUGAAGUAGAAAUGUCACAGUUCUGUGCUUCUCUUGUUGCUGUGUUUAACUGACAAGGUCUUUUGUCCUUAGGCUGUUGAAAGAUCUUAUAAGAGAGCCAGGGACUUCAGUUCUUCUGUUAACUAAAAACUGCUUUCUGCAAGCCUAUUCAGCCAUAGACAAUAACUGAAUUAAUCUUAUUGCACCUGUAAAGGUAUUUGUGUUUCCUCCUUUAGAGAAAAUUGUUGUAAGCUGGACUUGGCCAACUGGGUCACUUGCAAUUAUUAGGUUGCUUUUGGUGGCUUUCAGUAGGUAGAGGUGAGGGAGGGCUGUAAAUCUCUCCCAAACCUUACCAGGUGGUACUUUACACUGAUACCAGAUUUUAGACCAAUUUCUGCAUCACUCAUGUUUAUAAGUAAGCAGGCACUAGAGAAGACAUCCUAUAACAGUCAACCUGUCCUGUAAGCUUGAAAAAGUCCCAACUCUGUUUUAUUAAGAAACCCAAUAAUAUCUUAAAGGGUUAUUAGAAAUGAAUCCAAUAAUAUUGAGGCAGAUUCAGUGUCAGGCACCUGAUUCUUUUUAAAUUCUAGACACGGAAUCUAGGGAUUCCAGGGCUCUGUUCACAGAAGGGCCGCAGUGCCCUACAGUGUUUGGGCCAGUCCACACUCCUUUAACACCAUAGAAAAUGAUCACUCACUAACAAAGUCUCUGGUGUUGAGCUAGUAGCCUCUGAAGUGACUACAGUUUUUCAAAUGCUUAUUAAUAACCUUUGGAGGGUGUUUCCAAGUAGGACACUUCAAACGUUAACUAACCACUCCUUUAAGAUUAAUUAACCUGUGCCAAAAUAAUUAAAAUGUAUGGAAUGUAACAAUUUGUUAAGGAUUCCUCCCACUAGCGUGAGGCAGAUGUACUCACUGCUCUAAAGCCAACCACCUGCUGAGUAGGCUGCCACUGGCAUUUCUCUUUAGCGACAGCUUUUCCUUCUUAGGGGUGUGUGUAUGUGUUAUGACAGAGGAAAAGAGGGCUACUUAACAUUUGCAGCUGAAAAAAACUUUGCAGUUCAUAUGCACAAGCGAACCCUUACAUGUGCAAACAUCUCACUAUUUCAAGUCCAUUUUACUAUAUUUGCUUUAACAUUAUCUCUAAAAAAUGGUUAGAGGUAGGAUGAGCGAUGCCAUAUUUACCUUGACAGCUGAAAUAUGUAAAAUAUUAGGUUUAUUUCUACUCUAUUUCCAAUAUUAGGUAAGUUAUUUUCUACUCAAGUCGCAGUUUGAUUGUGGAAAGAAUGUCAAAAAUUCAUACGACACUAAAUAUCUUUUUAUCAUAUAUUAUCAACUGAGACUGUGAUGUGGAAUGUCUCAGGGAGAAGGGAAACCACUGGUGACAAAAGGAUCUUUCAUUCUAUUGGUUGGGAAAAAUCCCUCCCAUUGGCUCGUCCCCCAGAAUAUUCUAAUCAGUUUUGGGGAGCUAUGGCCAUGAUAAAUAUCAAAUUACUAUCUCCCUGCACCAAAAUGUACUAGUUAUAGUCUGUGUCCUUCCAGCUGUGAGGUGUAGAGAUAAUUGCCUGAGUUUCAGGGGAACAGAUGUUGUGAAUAUGUACAGAAAUGAGUAGCAUCUCCAUGAAUUGAAAAUGGGCAGGGCCCUGUCCUCUUAGUGCUCCAUUCUGUAGCUGUGUUGCUUGCAGUUGCCAUUGCAAGCAAUUUAUACAGGAGUCAUGUCAGCUGCACCCAAGGAGAUAUACUGUUGGAUUUAAAUUAUUAUUAGGUUAUAACUGCUAUCUCAAACAAUUUUCAGUAAACAGAAGGCAGCUUUCAGAGAUAUUUUAAUCUUGCUCUCCAUCUAGAGGUGGGAGACCAAUAGUUGCCCUCUUGAGUUUAUUUCCAACACUACCAUUAAAGUUUUUGUGAUCACGUCCCCUGUGGCCUAAAUUGGGUGUAUUUAUUGCCAUGUCCUGGGAUUUAACUGUGAAAGUCGAUUAGUGGAGAUCUUGAGGGAAAGCCUCCUUGGGAAUCCAGAACAUCGGAUUUGUUACACUGCUUUAAAACUGUGGCCUCUCCCGCUACAAUAUAUGCCUGACAGCCAGGAGAUGUUUUAUGUGCCCUCUCCAGAGGUCAGGAAUGUGCUUCAGACAUCCCCAGUGUCCCUUAAUAGGUCAUCACAGUGAAUCUAUGAAGCCCAGGGUUACACAUGAUUUUCUAAGUAAACAGGUUCCCUUGCUUUGGUUUUCAAUAUUCUUUCUGAUAACGACCAGUAUUUUUUUCUUAAUGCACCCUAACACAGCUGAGUUAAAUUCCUCUCUUAAGCCAUGUUGAUGGCUCACUGUCCAUCAUAUUUUAACUAUAAGCAGCAGUAUUUUGUCCUAAAUGCACUAAUUUUCACUCGCCCGCCCUGUGGCUCAUUUAUGCUCUGCUUUUGCAUGUGGUCUUAUGAGGUAAUUAGUGCUUCUAUGUAUAUUCCCAUCAACUGAGCACUUUAAUACCCAGAAGCGCAUUUGUCAUCUUAGGUUUCGUUGUGUACUUGAAAUUCCAAGUCCUUUGUAAAAAAUGUUAAGUAGCUGGUUGCUACUGGAUCCUGGGAUUAUUCCACUCGUCCAUCCAGAAAAGUUCCUGUUUACGCGCUUCCUUCUGUUUCAUUUCGAAGUCGGUGCUCUAAGACAUGACAUCUGCUCCAGCCCGCUCACUCUCCAUGUGGUCUUAACCUCUUCUUUACCUCUCAGUCUCACCCCUGUGAACUCUCUCUACCUCAUAGGGGUUUUAUGGAGGGGAAACUAAGAUGUGUAACAAUUGUCUUCAAGAGAGAUCCUGCUUUUAAAGUGAUUUUAUAAAAACCCCAUGGCUUAGAAAUGAGAAACUCUAUAGCUAUUGUAUUUUUUACUAUUCUUGUACUGCUAUUUUUAUUUCUGAAAAGCGAUCUCUGUCAGAGUCUCUACUCUGGUUCUAACUUUCCCCCUGUUAACCCUUUCACACUGAACCUGUCCUCUCUACCUUAUGCACGCUCUGAACUAUUUACUUAAGGAGCCAAAACUAACUCCCCCACAGCAGAUCCACAUAUUCUACUUCCAUCAUUAAAUCAAUCAGCGUCUUCUGGAAGGAGGCAUCCUGCUCUGGACCCAAGAAGUCAGAAGCUAAUGAGGUCUCCCUCUGGCCCUGACCAGAUCUCACCCUGUGCCUUGGUUCUCCCCGUAUAAACACAAGUUAAUUCUGCUAUUUCCCAGCACCUGGGGGUGUGAGUCCUGACUAAUAAAUGAUGAAAUGCAUUUUGCAAAUGCCCAGUACUGUAUAGAGGCUUAGCGAGUAAUCUGGAGAGUCUUCAGGUAGAAAUGUGUUCAGGUGCAGCUCAAUUCAGAAUACUAAUCCACUAUUUUCAGAAGAAACGUUUUGCUAAUAUGUCCUUUUACUUAGUGAAAAUUAGUUUCUAGUCAUGUGAACUGUUUUUCUUUUGAUGUAUAGAAAGAAAUCAAUAGUAUAUAAUAUUGCUUGUCAGAAAAUACUCAAGUUGUAAUUUAAGGCUUAAAACUGAAUGGGUUACAUAACACCGCAGUGGGGUAAGUAGGAGUCUAGGUCAAGUGUGGCAAAUAGAGAAAUAGAUUAUCUUUGAUUUUGAGAUUAUGUUAUAAAUAGUGGAUGUUAAUGUGGUUGUUUUAGAUAUUCUUUAUUUUUAAGUUACCAGAAAUUGUCUUUUAUUUUUGCAGUUUUGAACUCUGGUUCUUGACAUGUUUUGAAUAAAGAUUUUAUCAACUAAAGGUUUUCACAUACAUUAUUAUCAAUAAAUCAAUUCUGAUUAAAAUACAUAUGAAAUUUAGUAACCUAAGUACAGGACUUAGACU